AUGGAAGUGAAUCCCCCCAAACAGGAGCACCUGCUGGCUCUGAAAGUGAUGCGGUUGACGAAGCCUACUUUAUUCACCAAUAUUCCAGUAACAUGUGAAGAGAAAGACUUACCUGGAGAUCUCUUUAACCAACUCAUGAGAGAUGAUCCUUCAACUGUAAAUGGUGCAGAAAUUUUAAUGUUGGGAGAAAUGUUGACUUUACCACAGAAUUUCGGGAACAUAUUUUUGGGAGAGACCUUUUCCAGUUAUAUCAGCGUUCAUAAUGAUAGUAAUCAAGUUGUAAAAGAUAUAUUGGUAAAAGCUGAUCUUCAGACAAGCUCUCAGCGUUUAAAUCUUUCUGCCUCCAAUGCUGCAGUGGCUGAACUGAAACCUGAUUGUUGUAUUGAUGAUGUCAUACACCAUGAAGUAAAGGAAAUUGGAACACACAUCUUGGUGUGUGCAGUGAGUUAUACAACUCAGGGCGGAGAAAAAAUGUAUUUUAGAAAAUUCUUCAAAUUUCAGGUUCUCAAACCACUGGAUGUGAAAACCAAAUUUUACAAUGCAGAGAGUGACCUCAGUUCUGUGACCGAUGAAGUAUUUCUCGAAGCCCAGAUUCAGAAUAUUACGACCUCACCCAUGUUUAUGGAGAAAGUUUCUUUAGAGCCAUCUAUAAUGUAUAAUGUAGCAGAAUUAAAUUCAGUCACCCAAGCUGGAGAAUGUGUAACUACGUUUGGGUCAAGAACAUAUUUGCAGCCAAUGGACACACGCCAGUACUUGUAUUGCCUAAAGCCCAAGAAGGAGUUUGCAGAAAAAGCCGGCAUCAUUAAGGGGGUAACAGUAAUCGGGAAAUUGGAUAUAGUGUGGAAAACAAAUCUAGGUGAAAGGGGAAGAUUACAAACCAGCCAACUUCAAAGAAUGGCUCCAGGUUAUGGAGAUGUUAGAUUGUCUUUAGAGGCAAUCCCAGAUACCGUCAUCCUAGAAGAACCUUUUCAUAUUACCUGUAAAAUAACAAACUGCAGCAGUGAAAGGACUAUGGACCUAGUUUUGGAAAUGUGCAACACCAAUUCUAUCCACUGGUGCGGCAUUUCCGGAAGACAGCUCGGAAAGCUGCAUCCAAGUUCCUCUCUCUGCCUGGCCCUUACUCUGCUGUCUUCAGUACAGGGACUGCAAAGCGUUUCCGGCUUAAGACUGACAGACACGUUUUUAAAGAGAACAUAUGAAUACGAUGACAUCGCACAAGUCUGUGUGGUAUCUUCGGCCACUAAAGUGGAAAGCUGA